GAUCAACUCAAAGUUGGGUCAAGAAGCACAAGCCCUGUGACUCUCUCAGCUCUGAACCCCAUUUCCCUCGCAGAAAUGGGAAAUUCAGAAUGUACCUCUGUUUGGAUAAGUUUUGCUUUCAUAACGGCAGUUAUGAUUAUUUCCUUGGUGAAAAAUAUUUCAUACUACUUGCAAGAAAAGAAGCGAGGUAAACCAUGCAAAGAUGUUCCAGAAUACAAUCCAAGCCACAGAGAGUUUUAUACUGAAGAAAGUCCUGUAUACGACAACCUCAAUCACCACCAACAAGAUAUUCUUCUAAAUGAAAGUUACUAUGAACAAAUGAACGCCCAUUCUCAGAUAUCCAGCAACGAAGUACAGCCAACAGCUGAGCGUCAGAUGUGCUAUGCAUCCCUUGAUCACAGCGUCAAAAGAAAACACAAAAAACUUCAAAAAAAGAAAUAUCCUCCAUUAGAAGCAGAUGAAGACCAGCUUACCAGAAGCGGCUCCAUGCCCUCAGACACAUGCAUUUAUCUCAACAGUGAACAGCUGAUAAUGGAAAACAAAGUUUCUGAAGAUUCUUCCUGCCAAUGAUGAUCCCUUAAAUUUAUUUCAUUUAAUUCACACUACAAAUGACAAAUUUUAGUUGGGACAUGGCUAAGCCACAUUAUAGUAGUUGCUGAAAUAGAUAAUUUUAUUGUGUGUAAAUAAAUAGCCAGGAACUGGGAUUACAAUUUAGGUAGUAUGCAUAGGAAGAAGGGUGCCUUUGGAAUGUGUACUGAACAGUAACUAGGUAGGUAUACAUUAAUGUGAGCUUAGUACAACAUAGCACUUAAUAUUCUUGUCGUGAGGCGAAGCUAAUUGCUGCAUAUUGUAUGUGUAUAUGCCAUCAAGUCACAACCAAUUUACAGUGACUCCAGCAAGGGGCUUUCAAGGCAAGUGAGAAGCAGGGGUGGUUUGCCCUCCUAUGCAGAGUCUUCUUUGUUGGUUGCUUAUGCAAGUAUCAACCCUGCUUAGCUUCCAAGAUCUGAUGAGAUCAGGCUAUGUUAUGUCGCCUUUCCUCUCUGCAGUGUAUUAUAUCUACCUGUAAUUUUAUGUUAUCUGCAGAGUUUCAUAGUCUGGGGUUGCUGUUUUAUUGCAUUGUUAUGGAAUAUAUUAUGCUUUGUAUUAAUUUUUAACAAAUGUCAUUGUACUGCUUCGAGCUCUUAAUU